GAACCCAAAAGACCGCAUAGGCGCUCUUGCGGUGAGGCGAUUGGUACACUUGCAAGGAGGUGCCUCCAGUCCAGGUCAUACCGCAUUGCUUGUGACUACUUCGCGCGUGUCAUGUCUUUCAUUCUGAAACUGGAAACCAUUUAGCAGAAAGGGGGCUUAACACAGAGUGCGACUAUGUGAAGAUUGCGAUGGACGUCACGUGGCCAUCAUCAGCCAUUUUGUGCAGCUGUUUCAACUGGCUGGUCGGCGCCGGGACAUGGGCGGCGUGCAACCGAAGUGCUGCGCAGCGCAGGACGUGCAGAACACCACGGGUGAAGCUGCAUCAGAGACAAAGCUAGUGAGUGACCAGCCCAUCCCUCCAGUAGGGAAGCCAUUGUGGCUAACAGAGGCAGAGGAGUAUGUAACUUUGCAGAAGCAGAAGGAGGAAGAAAACCACCAGCGAAUUGAGCAACUAGCUGCUCAAAGAGCAGAAGAGGAACGGAAAGCCCAAGAGGAGGAAAGGAAAGCAGAGGAAGAGGCGAAGGCAAAGACAAAGGAUGCUGACAAGAAGAAGACUCAGCAGCAACAGCAGAAGAAAGCAGCAGCACCCAAGCCAUCCAAGCCUGAAGAGGAGGCGAAGGGCAAGGUGCCUGAGGAGGUUGAGAAAAGUGAGAAGGUCAAGACAGCCGACACUGAGAGUGGCCCUAGUCAGGUUCAGCAAAAGAUUGAUGAUGCCGUGAAGCAGGCCAAAGAAGCUGGAGAUGCAAAAUUUGAAUUCGAGGUCAAAUGUGUUUCUGCUCGGGGUUUGCGAGAUGCUGACUGGCUCGAAGGAACCUCUGAUCCCUAUUGCCUUUGCGAAGCAGUGGGCAAGGUGAAGUGCAAAUUCAAGACCAAGACCGUCAACAACAAAGAGAACCCCGUCUGGAACCAGGCGGCAAAGAUGCAACUUUGCCAUGGCGACAAGCUGAAGUUCUCUAUUUUUGAUCAGGACACUGGGAAACCUGAUGAUUUCUUGGGAUACGCCGAGCUUGAUUUCAACAAGAUAUGCCCUUCAGGCUUUGAGGGCGAGCUUCCUUUAAAGGAUGCCUCGGACACAGCAGCGAAACAGGAAGCGUACAUCAAGGUGCGCGUAAGAAGCCUGGGUGCUGUUGCCCCAAAGUGAUGGAUUGCAUGCACAGCCAAGGCAUGCCAAGGCAUGCCAAGGCAUGCCAAGGCGUUUCAAGCAGAAUGUGCACUUCCACAGUUGGGGAAUGAAAGUGUUCUCAUGGU